ACUCUUCUAGGUAUUUUUGACAGCAGGGAAUCAAGGGCUUUUUUGGUUGUGUUUUUGCAAACUUCUACAAUUUCCACUUCUUUUUUAACUUCACUUAUUAUUGCAAGAACCACUUGUACUUGCAAUCUCCCUUGCGCGUUUUGCACUAGAUACCCAACCUCAAUCCCUCACUCCAAGCCUCCUCAUCUUUCUCCUCUCUCAACAUAUUCCGUAUUCGUUUCUCCAGACCCCUCAUUUGCUAUCCACGACACAACCUUCCAAACUGGUUCUUUUCAAAGUCUAUCUCAAAGAUGUCAGAGAUCACCCACCCCACUAUCAAGGGUAUGUCCGAGGAAUCUUCUUUUUCUUCUCCUGCUCUACAUCACUGCGUUGGGUCCUACGAGAACAUAAUCAAAAUUGUUUUCAAGUGAGACAUUUCCCAGGGCGGCAUGUAUAUUCCAGUCAGGGUUCAAUGCCAUUGCCUGAAUGACUGCUACGCCUUUCGGCUUGCAUCUGACGUUGGGCCAAUACAGCAUCUGCGGGAACGUGCUACGUCCGGCAAUAUGCAAGAAAGGACCCAAAGCUGAUUAGUUGAUUUACAGAUGGCUGGUUCCGCGAAAUUUCCGAGAUGUGGCCUGGCCAGGCAAUGACCCUCAAGGUUAAGAACGUCCUUCACCACGAGAAGAGCAAAUUUCAAGAUGUUUUAAUCUUCGAGUCCACCGAUUAUGGCACCGUCUUGGUCCUCGACAAUGUCAUUCAAUGCACUGAGCGCGAUGAAUUCUCAUACCAGGAGAUGAUCACCCACUUGGCUAUGAACUCCCACCCCAACCCAAAGAAAGUCUUGGUCAUUGGUGGAGGGGAUGGAGGUGUCUUGCGUGAGGUUGUUAAACACGAUUGUGUAGAGGAAGCCAUCCUCUGCGACAUUGAUGAGGUUGGUAACAGAUAUCUAAAGUUCAUGACUUACUUUUUAUACUGACAUUAUGUAACAGGCCGUCAUUCGUCUUUCCAAGAAAUACCUUCCUGGCAUGGCUAUCAGCUAUCAACAUCCUAAGGUCAAGACUCACAUCGGUGACGGAUUCAAGUUCCUAGACGAUUACAAGAACGAAUUUGAUGUUAUCAUCACCGAUUCUUCCGACCCAGAGGGACCUGCCGAAAGUUUGUUCCAGAAGCCAUACUUUGAGUUGCUAUUUGGUGCUCUUAAGGAGGGUGGCGUUAUUACCACACAAGGUUGUAUGUUUCAUUUUUCUAUGCUUACACUUCUAGUGCUGUGUGUAGUAGCGGUGGGCAAAUGACACUCGCUUUUCCCUUAUCAUCUUAUCUAUAUAUAUACAUCCCCCCCGAUUUCCCCCUUUCACAGGGCAUGAAUGCUAACGCUCUGUUUCUCAUAGCCGAGAACCAAUGGCUCCACCUCCCAUUGAUCACUAAGCUUAAGAAGGACUGCAAGGAAGUAUUCCCCAAUGUCGAAUACGCCUAUACCACCAUUCCUACAUACCCAUCUGGCCAAAUUGGAUUCAUGGUAUGCUGCAAGGACGCCGAUCGCGAUCUUAGCAAGCCAGUCCGCAAAUGGUCCCCAGAAGAGGAAGAGAAGUUGUGCCGCUACUACAACGCUGCUAUUCACGAAGCAAGCUUUGUCUUGCCAACUUUCGCCCGUGCUGCAUUGAAGUAGGGUGUUGAUCCCACUUAACUUUCGUGGCGUUGUGAAUACACAACUUUGGGCUUAAAACAUAGAUAUGUGUAGGAGUGCCCUGCUCGUAGCUAGCUACUGGCUAUUCCAGAUCGUUGUAUCUGCGAGCUUUACUCCAUAACUCCAGCCAGGAGAUAUAGUAGCCAAAAACGAAAAAUAAACGAAUGAUGACACCAAACCAUGUUUUUCUUUUUCAAAAUUUGAGACCGCUUAUAAAGAAUUAAUGACGCAUAAAAACCUGAGUCCCUACCAGUGCUAGUAACAUACUCUAAUAUCCGAUCG